GGAGCAGAAACCUGCCGCCUGCCUGCCCGCCAGCCGGCCGGCCCUCGGGACCGACCCUCCAGCCUCCUUUGCCCUUUCGGGCCGUUCCAUUUCCUCUCUCUUCAGCGACUUGACGGACAGAGGCCCUGGGCCGCCACGGGCCCCCAUGGAGUCUGCCCCCUGAGGCGGAAGGCUGAUCGGCGGCGGUGGCCCUCCCCGCCCCAGCCCAGCGAUGCGGGCCGGGCCCCUCGGCGCAGGUACCAUUUGGAUAAUACUUUAGUGGCACAAUGUACUCUGAGUGGCGGUCACUUCAUUUGGUUAUUCAGAAUGAUCAGGGUCAUACUAGUGUGCUUCACAGCUACCCUGAUAGUGUUGGUCGGGAUGUUGCAAAUGCAGUAGUACGUCCUCUUGGACAAGCCUUAAAUGCCUCUUCAGGGGCUGGAAGCGAAAGUUUGUUAAAAACAGACAAAGAAGUAAAAUGGACCAUGGAAGUGAUUUGCUAUGGACUGACUCUUCCAUUGGAUGGAGAUACUGUAAAAUAUUGUGUGGAUGUAUAUACAGAUUGGAUAAUGGCCCUAGUAUUACCAAAAGAUUCCAUUCCAUUGCCAAUCAUCAAAGAACCCAACUUAUAUGUUCAGAACAUUUUAAAACAUUUACAAAAUCUUUUUGUACCAAGACAAGAACAGGGGUCCAGUCAAAUUAGGUUAUGCUUACAAGUUUUAAGAGCCAUCCAGAAACUAGCUCGUGAGUCAACCAUCAUGGCGCGAGAAACAUGGGAAGUUUUGUUAUUAUUUCUCCUGCAGAUUAAUGACAUUCUUCUGGCAAUGCCAACUGUUCAAGGUGGCAUUGCUGAGAAUCUAGCAGAGAAGUUGAUUGGUGUUCUCUUUGAGGUCUGGUUACUAGCUUGUACCCGUUGUUUCCCCACUCCACCUUACUGGAAAACUGCCAAGGAGAUGGUGGCCAACUGGAGGCAUCAUCCAGCUGUGGUGGAACAGUGGAGCAAAGCUAUUUGCGCCCUCACUUCUAGGUUAUUACGUUUUACAUAUGGUCCUUCAUUUCCUCCAUUUAAAGUUCCUGAUGAAGAUGCCAGUCUUAUCCCUCCUGAGAUGGAUAAUGACUGCAUUGCACAGACAUGGUUUCGUUUUUUACAUAUGUUAAGUAAUCCCGUGGAUUUGAGUAAUCCAGCCAUUAUAAGCUCUACUCCCAAAUUUCAGGAACAGUUCCUUAAUGUGAGUGGAAUGACACAAGAAUUGAAUCAAUAUCCCUGCCUUAAACAUCUGCCUCAUAUAUUUUUUCGUGCCAUGCGUGGAAUCAGCUGUCUGGUGGAUGCAUUCCUAGGUAUUUCUCGACCUAGAUGUGACAGUGCUCCACCCACACCAGUGAACAGGUUGAACAUGCCCCAGAGCACUGCCAGCAGCACAACUCCCCCUCAUAAUCGAAGGCAUCGAACAGUUACUGUGAAUAAGGCCACCGUGAAGACUAGCACAGCCAACAUUGGGCAUGCCUCUAAAGUCCCGCACCAGACGUCUUCCACUUCUCCACUGUCCAGUCCCAACCAGACUAGCUCAGAGCCUCGACCACUGCCUGCCCCAAGGAGGCCCAAAGUGAAUAGCAUCUUGAAUCUCUUUGGAUCAUGGUUGUUUGAUGCAUCGUUUGUUCAUUGUAAACUUCACAAUGGGCUAAACAGAGACAGCAGCAUGACUGCAUCUUUUAUCCAAAUUCUUCUUUCUUAUAAAUCUUCUAUAACGACACAAGCUAGUGUGGAGUUCCGCCGGAAAGGGUCACAAAUGUCCUCAGACACCAUGCCUUCCAAUCUCAUGUUUGAUGCAAGUGAAUUUCCCGAUAACUAUGAAGCAGGAAGAGCUGAGGCUUGUGGGACACUAUGUAGGAUUUUUUGUAGCAAGAAGACUGGAGAAGAGAUUCUGCCAGCUUAUUUAUCCAGAUUUUACAUGCUUUUAAUUCAAGGUUUGCAGAUAACUGAUUAUGUGUGCCAUCCUGUCUUGGCCAGCAUUAUUCUAAACUCACCUCAUUUAUUCUGCUGUGACCUGAAAGGGAUUGAUGUUGUGGUUCCUUACUUUAUUUCAGCUCUUGAAACCAUAUUGCCUGAUAGGGAACUCUCAAAAUUCAAAACCUAUGUAAAUCCAACAGAGCUAAGAAGAGCCUCUAUUAAUAUCCUACUUUCCUUGUUACCACUCCCUCAUCAUUUUGGCAAUGUCAAAUCUGAGGUGGUUCUGGAAGGAAAGUUUAGUAAUGACGACAGCUCUUCAUAUGAUAAACCAAUAACUUUUCUGUCACUGAAAUUGAGGCUUGUGAAUAUACUAAUAGGUGCCUUGCAAACUGAAACGGACCCCAACAACACUCAAAUGAUAUUAGGUGCAAUGUUAAAUAUUGUUCAAGACUCAGCACUUUUAGAAUCAAUUGGUUGUCAGAUGGAAAUGAAUGGUGAAGAAAACCUGAAAAGUCAUAGUCGUACUAAUAGUGGCAUUAGUUCAGCGAGUGGAGGAAGCACAGAACCUACAACCCCAGAUAGUGAAAGACCUGCCCAGGCUCUUUUAAGAGAUUAUGCUCUUAAUACAGAUACAGCUGCUGGACUCCUGAUUCGUAGCAUUCACCUUGUAACCCAAAGACUCAAUUCUCAGUGGCGUCAAGACAUGAGCAUAUCAUUGGCUGCAUUAGAGCUUCUUUCUGGACUGGCAAAGGUGAAGGUGACAGUGGACUCAGCAGACCAAAAGAGAGCCAUUAGUUCUGUGUGUAGUUACAUUGUGUACCAGUGUAGUCGGCCAGCUCCACUUCACUCCAGAGAUCUUCACUCCAUGAUUGUUGCAGCUUUUCAGUGUCUUUGUGUCUGGCUGACAGAACAUCCUGACAUGCUUGAUGAAAAGGAUUGUUUAAAAGAGGUAUUAGAGAUUGUGGAAUUGGGUAUCUCAGGAAGCAAGUCCAGGAGUAGUGAACAAGAAGUCAAGUACAAAGGAGAUAAGGAGCCAAACCCUGCAUCUAUGAGGGUAAAGGAUGCAGCUGAAGCUACCCUUACAUGCAUCAUGCAAUUACUUGGUGCAUUCCCUUCACCCAGUGGUCCUGCCUCUUCUUGUAGCCUGGUAAAUGAAACUACUUUGAUUAAGUGCUCUAGGUUGCCUACAGUAAACAGACAUAGUUUCCGAUACUUUGUCCUGGAUAAUAGUGUCAUCCUUGCAAUGCUGGAGCAACCCCUAGGGAAUGAACAGAAUGAUUUUUUCCCAUCUGUCACUGUUUUGGUCCGUGGUAUGUCUGGAAGACUUGCUUGGGCACAGCAGCUUUCCCUUUUACCAAGAGGGGCAAAAGCAAAUCAGAAGCUUUUUGUGCCAGAACCUCGUCCACUUCCUAAAAAUGAUGUUGGAAUUAAAUACACAGUGAAACAUCGACCAUUUCCUGAAGAGGUUGACAAAAUUCCUUUUGUAAAAGCAGAUCUGAGCAUUCCUGACUUGCAUGAAAUUGUAAAUGAGGAAUUAGAAGAGAGACAUGAAAAACUGAGGAAUGGCAUGGCCCAGCAGAUCACUUAUGAAAUAUCCAUUGAGCAGCAAAGUGAAGAGGAGUGGCGAAAGAAAAGUUUCCCUGACCCAGUUACUGACUGUAAACCCCCGCCUCCUGCCCAGGAAUUCCAAACUGCACGUCUUUUUCUUUCACACUUUGGGUUUUUGUCAUUAGAGGCAUUAAAGGAACCUGCAAAUAGUCGUCUACCUCCUCACCUUAUUGCACUUGACUCAACAAUAUCUGGAUUUUUUGAUGACAUUGGCUAUUUGGAUCUAUUACCAUGUCGCCCUUUUGAUACAGUUUUUAUUUUCUAUAUGAAAGCAUAUCAAAAAACAAGUCAAGAGAUUCUGAAGAAUGCUGAGUCUUCCAAAAAUGUUCAGCCACAUUUCUUAGAAUUUUUGUUAUCUCUUGGCUGGUCAGUGGAUAUAGGCAAGCACCCUGGGUGGACUGGCCAUGUUUCUACAAGCUGGUCUAUUAACACUUACAGUGAUGCUGAUGUACCUGAGCAAGAGGAAAUAGGUCUGUGUGAAGAUAUUGGAGCAAGUAUUUUCAAUGGACAGAAAAAGGUGUUGUAUUAUGCUGAUGCCCUUACAGAAAUGGCUUUUGUUGUUCCUUCACCCGUGGAAUCUUUAACUGAUUCAGUAGAAAGCAAUAUCUCAGACCAAGAAAGUGAUUCAAAUAUGGAUCUUCUGCCUGGAAUACUAAAACAGCCAUCACUUACACUUGAACUUUUCCCUAAUCAUACAGACAAUCUUAAUUCUUCACAGAAGUUAAGUCCUACUUCCCGCCUAAAGAAGUUGCCUCAGGGCCGGACUGUCCCACCUAUGGGACCUGAGACAAAGGUGUCUGUUGUCUGGGUUGAACGUUACGAUGAUAUAGAAAACUUUCCCCUUUCUGAUCUGAUGUCAGAGAUCAGCACUGGUGUAGAAAUGACUUUAAACAGUAGCACUUCUCUGAGAUCAACUACUCUUGAAAAAGAAGUUCCUAUCAUUUUCAUCCACCCCCUAAAAACUGGAUUAUUCAGAAUAAAAAUUCAAGGAGCUACUGGAAAGUUUAACAUGGUCAUCCCACUGGUGGAUGGGAUGAUUGUCAGCAGGAGAGCACUUGGUUUCUUAGUGAGGCAGACUGUAAUAAACAUUUGUAGAAGAAAGAGGCUAGAAAGUGACUCCUACAAUCCUCCACAUGUUCGCCGAAAACAGAAAAUUGCAGAUAUUGUCAAUAAAUACAGAAAUAAGCAGCUGGAGCCAGAAUUUUAUACUUCACUUUUCCAGGAGGUUGGGCUCAAGAAUUGCAAUUCUUAAACCAGUGUCCUCCAAAGACAGUUAUAGAUCAGAGAGUGGUGGCUACCAGAGGGAACAAUGGAAAUAUGUUACUAGCACUGACUGGAGGAAAAAAAUCCCACCACCACCAAAAAAUAAAUAAAUAAAUAAAUAGAGCUUAUCUUUCAAUCACCAAGACAGAAGAGACACCAUUAUAAGUACAACUUAAGAAGAAUUUCUGCUUUCUGGUGAGAAGAGGUCUCCCAAACACAAUCAUAAACCUCUCAAUGGGGUGAUAUAAAUUUUAUCCAAUACAACUUUUUUUUAAAGUGACAGUUUUACUUAAAUAGUACAUUUCGGGAGAAACUCUAAACAGCUUUGAUAAAUGUGUUCAUCAAAAAAGGGGAAGUGUAACAUAAAGUGGUUCAUAAACUAGCAGUCAGAGAGUCUUACACAGCUCUCUUUUCCAGGAGAUUAAAUACCAAAUGGGUUUUUCUCCCAGAAUCUCCAAGGACUGAUUUCCCAAAUCUGGAGUUGCUUGUGCUGGGGAGAAAACCAAGAAGAAUUCUAGCCUCUUAUUCUAGCAUCAGCUUUACAAAAAGAAGAACCCAUGAAUAUCUCUUAUGCAGAUAUUUUUAAAGGAAAUCUGACUUUCAAAUAUUCAUCUUCAUGUAUCAAAAAGAUAACAAAUAUGUCAAUGUCAGCAUUGUUCUACUCAUUUAUACAGAUCAUCUGUCUAACAGUAACCACUGGUUACCACAGAAAGGGGUCUAUCAGGAGCACACCCAAAGUGAGGGGUUCCGCUGUCUACAUUCCUUGGCAAUGUAGAAAAACACAAAGCGAAAAGUUAUUUAAAAUCAGUGAAGCCAUCUCCACUUGUGGUCCAGUUCAGUGUAGCAGAAAGAAAGAUGUUUCUCAGACACUAGGAAGGGAGAGUUGAAAUGUUAUAAAAUUUCUUGUUGGUUUCAAUAAAUUUCAGCUCAGAACUACUGUUGAAAAUGAUUUGAUUUCAUGUCAUGUAUGAUCUAUAUUUUUAUCAGGACUCAACAGAAAAUGUCUACUGUAAACAUAUAAUUAGGAAUUUUGAAAGUAUAAAUUAAAUUUCACUGAUUUAGUCGUAUUGCAAAAAGAAAUUACCUAUUGCCCAUGAAUUUACUCAGUAUUAGUAAUUAUGUUAUUGGGUUUUGACAGAAAUUGUUUCUCUUUGUCAAUCGUUCUGUGUCAUAGGUUUUGUUAAUCUGAAGACAUGAUACACAUUAAAAUCCUCAUUGUGAUUAAUUUUAGACAUCCCCCUCCACCUGACUUUUACUGAUCUUCCCAUGAUGAAGGAUCCAAAGUAUCCUUAUAGUGAUUCCUAUAUGACAAUUCUUGUCCUCUUUUCUUCCCUUUAUUAUUUAUUUGAGAUUCUUUUAUCUUCAGGUAUUUAAACAACCAAUUCAAAUUCCGAAAAAUUGAUCCUAUUUCUUUCCGUUGAAUGUGUUCACUAUUACAUGAAGCAUAGUUGGUUAAAUACAGUGUUUUGUUUGAUGUUAUGUCUAAUUUUUAUCACCCACUUUCCCCUACUCAGAUCCAAAUCUUAUUCCGUAAGGCAUGCAAUUUGCAAUCCGUAGGCAGAGAUGUGAAUCAACAGUUUUUGCUUCUAAGUUUGCCCUUCAGUGCUAUUUUUUUUUUUUAAUUUUCUUUACAUCCAGGCCAUUUCUUUUUACUCACCCAGUUUCCCCUCACUAGUAUAAUACAAUUCUAAUGAUAGUUUAUUUCCUUUCAAACCAAGCUAGAAUUUCUAUAUUUCCAAAUUGUUGAUUAGUGGGAAAAACAGAAUUAAGUAGCUCUUUGUAUGAAAUCUUAAAACAGGACAUCAGGUUUUGCACAUUGCAAGGAAAAACUGGCCUUAUCUUUCAGUUUAAUCAGUCAAAACGAUUAUACUACAGCCUUAAAUUUUUUUAAAUCCUAAAAUUUAAAGGUGAUUGACUGUCAUGCUUAUCCAAUAUUCUUCAAAUAAAACCAACUUUUGCAAAAGUGAUGAAGUCAGAAAAACCUGUUCAUGAAAAAGAAAAUAUUCCUGACUCCACUUCUUUUUGCUAGCAUCUCUACAUAAUUUCCCCCCUUUCUAACAGAUGAAUGAGUCAUGGAAAAUGCUUUGUUUGUGGAACAGCAGGAAUAUUGUUUGUAUGCUGUUAGUGCAAAGAAAGUAGUGGGACUCAAUGACCUCUCUCAAAAUCUAAAAAUCCAAAAUCUGCAUCAUAAGCAUUCUUCCUUAAUCCCUAGAAGUAUUUAUAUUGGCAUACAUUACAUGACCUAGAGGUCAGAUAAAAGCAAUUGCUGCAUCCAUAGGGAAGUUUUUGAUUAAGAUUGCUGGACUAAUGCACAGUUGGUGUGAAUACAUGAUCACUACACUCACCAACUGUCUUUACUGUAUACAAAUCAUUCUGGUUAAAAUGGCCUAUGAAAAGCAUAUUUAAUCCACUGAUUAAAUGGCAUGGCCAGUGCAUGUGCUCAGUUGUCACAUAAGAAGUCUUUACUAUUCCACAUAAUUGAAUUUUUUUGCAUAUAUUCAAUAACCACUUUUGGACAUCAAAAUCUGCUUUAGUUUAUUUCAUCUAUAAUGUAUUUGUCUUUAAAAUAUAUUUAGUCACCAUAAGUGACUUUGCUACAGGUUUACACUGGAGGAUGAGUGUGUUACAAGAACGUAGAGUAGUGUUACAGAAUUUCACUUCCAAGGCCAAGCUCUAUAACACGUGCUCAUGUACACACACACACACACACACACAAUUUCUGAAGAUAAAUUAUUAAGAUGUCUUCUGGAAUUAACUGUUAAAUUUUUUCUAUUAUUAGCAGCAGCUCUGAAAAUGAGUGUGGGGAUGUUUUUUUCGUGCUUUAAAACCUUUUUUGGCUAUUUAGCCUCUUGGACUAUUUCAUCAGUUCUUUCCAGGCUAAUUUACCAUUUCUACAAUUCCCCCUAUGUGGGCAAUAUAAUUAUGUAACAUUUUUUCUUUCUCCUCGCUUUUUAUUAUUUUCUACUCUGAGGAGUUGUGUCCAUCCUCCUCUCCACCAAUCUCCUUUCAAGAAAUACAUAGUGGUUAAUAAUGGUAAAUAAUAUAUGUUGGCUAUAGGUUGUCCAGGAUUUGAGGCCUUCACAAACAGUUACCUCUUCUGCACUUGUUGGGAAGUACUUGGUGAUUUUCAAAUACACAAAUGUGUUGAUCUAACUUAUUAUUAUUGGAAGGUUAAAUUUUACCCAGAAAGGUGAGUACAACUGACCUGGAUGGCAGAUUAUAUAAUUUUCUGAUAUCAGAGAUUUUGACAUUACUUACCUAUGUGACAAUUAGAUUUUCUAUUUAACUUUUAAAACAAUUUCAAGUCCCAUUUAAGUACUGGAUUGUAUCUUCAUAAAAGUAUUGUUUUGUGUAUUUAAAACCAUCUCAGUGCUUUCUGAAUUUAGAGAGCUGCUGCAAAGACAAAUCUUAGGAAAAACCACUUGUAAGACGUUCAAUCAAACAGAGUUUCUCAGCAGAUAAAUACAUCUGCUUCACCUAUGAUAGUAGCUCUUUUGUCCCUGAACUAGUUUUUCUUAUUAAAAAGUAAGAAAAAGGGUGUCAUUUGAAAUUUCACAUUUCAAGACUUUCUCUAGAAGUGAAUGGAGGGCAUCUUUCUCAGGCUUUGUAGUUGUGGCUGGCAGUGAGCAGUAGCCAUUAUUUGCUUGAAAUCACAAUACAAUUUGUAUGAACUUCUGUAUGUUGCCAAGACAUGAUCUUUUUGUUGUUACUGUAUUUUCUGUAAAUAUUUCUGGCACUAAGUUGUAAAGUAAAGACAACAUGUAAAUAUGAAGAUGUGAACUCUGUUCCCUCCUCUCUAGUAUUUUAUCUCUUUGUUAGAGAAGGCACAGAAGCUUGUUUGUAUUUAUGCCAAUUCUUUGUCCAGAAGAAACACAUGGAAUACUGAAUGUAACACACUUAGUCAAUUAAAUUUUAAGGAUAUUCUUAUCUAAUACCCUGUGUGCUUUUGGUUAGAGUCUUGUUCCUUCCAGCUGAACUCUUUCCAUUUCUUGCAAGGGUCCAUGUGUGGACACAAGAUUUUUAAGCCAAUUUUUAUUCACUUUGAGCAGUAGGAUUUGUGGGCCAUCCAGGUAGGAAAAGUUCGUUUUUAAUUGAUUUUUAUUUUUAAAAUAUGAACCUUCAACAUUUUAGGGGACUCAUGCCACAUCCAACUACCAAGUUAUGGUCCUGUCCCAAAAAGAUGAGUACCACCUGUUUAGCAGAACCAGAUCAGAUCACAUUUGAGUUGUAGAACAGGAAAAUGCCCAUUGGACUGGUUUUAAUUCUGGUUGAGAGAAUGGGGAACAAUCAUGAGACACUGAAGUGAUAUUUUUAAAACACAAGUCUGACCAUGUUUCUCACAAACACACACACACAACUCCAGUGGCUCCCUGUUGCUUCCAUGAUCAAAUAUGAAAUGCUGUUAAGCAUUCAAAAUCCUUCAUAACUACCACAUACUUUCUAAAAGUACUAAAGCCUUUCUGCCACAUACUCUUUGAUUCAGUGACAUAGACCUGGCUUUUUCACAAAAAAUAAACUCCAUAUUUUGGCUCUAUGUAUUCUCUGUGGCUAUACCAAGACUAAAAUGUUCUCUUCGCUUCACUCCACCCACUGGCUUUCCUGGCUUUCAUUGAGUCCCAGUGAAAUUCCCUUUUACUGGAUAUCUUCCUCAAACCCUAUUAAUUCUAGUGCCUUCCCUCUAUUAAUUAUCUCCUAUUUAUCCUAUACAUAGCUUGUUUGUAUAUAUUUGUUUGCUUGUCUUCUAAGUUGGAUUAUAACUUCCUUGGUAGCAGGAAUUGCCUUUUGUCUCUUUUUGUACCCCUAGUGCUUAGCACAGCGUCUUAAUACAUAGAAAGCAUUUAAUAAAUGUUUUGAUGGCAAAGUUUCCAUUUAAACCUUGAUGCCCAAUUCCUAAUAUCUACAUAUGGCAACCCAAGAUGCAUUUACUGAAUUCCUGCUGUAGCCAAAACUUUGAUAUAUAUGCAGAGAAGAAUAAGUCCCUGAGCUUACAAUCUAGGUUUCAGAGAGUUCUUGGUAGAUGGUAAGUCUAGCUGAAUCUUGAAAUAUUAAUAGGCUUUAAAUUUAGCAAUAUAACAGGGCAACAGGCAGGAGUCAUGUUCCUAUAAUACUCUCUCCUCCCUCAUGCUUAAGCCUUUGUCUAAGUUAGUAUUUGAUCUCCUGUACCUUAAGAGUCCUGCAAUGCACCCCCAAGCUACUAGUAGGGGGGAAGAGGGAGAGAGGGGAAGUGUAGAACCAAAGAUUCUGGGUCAAAGAAUGUAAAUACAAUGGUAUUUAUCCCAGAAAAUACAUGCCGGGCCCAGAUCUCCUAUUUACUCUGAUGUAGCUUCUCCCACUAUUAAUAGCCCUCAUUUCAUUAAUACUGUAGGGUUAUGCAACACAACAGCUUCGUGAGGCAGAUUCUUUCAAGUAUCCCAUUUUGCAGUAAAAAAAACUGACUUGAGAUCCCUAGUUUGAUCCAGGUUUCAAACUCCAAUCGGUACACACAUUUCACACAAGCAAAAAGUAUGUUUUGGAGAAGAAUAUGCCUUAUCUAACAUCCUAAAAUCACUAAAUAUCAGAGCCUCCACUAGAACCUUGGUCCUUCUCCCAUAACAGGAAUAGGGCCCAGCCAGAAAUUCUAGUAUCAGCAAAUGUGAGCAUCAGUGUGAGAAGGUUUUGUUCUUUUCUCCAUUCUUCAAAGAAACCAAUUGAUGCCAUUUAAUUCGUGUGUGGAGCAUCUACAACACUUGGGGUAGCCAAGUGAUAGAAUUAACAGAGCACUGGGCUCAGAGCCAGGAAAAUCGGAGGAUCAAAUCCAGAAUCAGACUCUUCCUAAUUGUGUGACUCUGGGUAAACUAUUUAACUUCUGCCUGCUUCAGUUUCCUCAACUGUAAAAUGGGGAUGAUAAUAACUACCUCCCAGAAUUGUGAGAAUUACACGAGAUUGUUUGUAAGGUGUAAUUUGUAAAGCACAAUACCUGGCACAUAGUAUGUACUUAAUAAAUAAAUGCUUGUCCUCUGAAUUCCUAAGAUUCUAUGAGGCUUCACUUGAAUUUGUCAGUUGUCUCUCUGAUGGGUCAGAAUUGAAAAGAUUGUCAAAUUCAAAUUAAUGCUGUGCUGGUGAUCUCUGGUUUAAAAAAAAUACCCUAAAAAAGCAAUCAACCCACCUCUACUGGAAAAUAUCCAGUGAUGUGGAGCCUGUUGCCUCAUAAAGCAAUUCAUUACAUUUAAACCUUGUUCUUAUUUUUCAUUUCUUUCCAGCCUUUGUGAGUUAUGGUCCUUUAAUAAUUUUGAGAACAAUUUUGAAAUUUUGGAAUAUUGGGAACCCACUUAGGAGGGCAUUCAGUACCUAACAAAUUCUGUUAAAAGCAUGAGUACAUAGCCAGGAAUUGGUUGUUAGAUAAACAGAUGACAUUUCUCCAACACGAUUCCCCAUUCUACCUCCAAGAUGUUUCUCUGAUCCAUUCUUUUCUCUUACUUACCUUCCUAAGUCAAUUUCUCACAACCUUUCAACUGGACUAAUAUAAAAGCUUUCAAAUGGGUCUCUCUCUCUUUUAGCUUUCCAUUCUUUCUUCAAUACAGCUUCCAAAGCAAUCUUCCUAAAGCAUAGGUCUGAUCACAUCUUAACACUACUCAAAAAUCAAUUCCCUCUUUCCUUUAGAACAGAAGUUUUUAACAUGGUCUCUGAACUUUUAUUUAAAAAAAAAAGUAUUUCAACAUAACUGGUUUACUUUAUAAUCAUAUAUAUCAUGCAUUCAAAAACAUUAUUCUGAUUGCAUGUUUAACCUGUACCAGAUUGCUUGUUGUCUUGGGGAGGAGAAAGAGGGAAGAGAGGGAGAAAAAUGUACACCACAAGGUUUCAAGGUUUUGCAAAGGUGAAUGUUGAAAACUAUCUUUGCAUAUAUUUGAAAAAAUAAAAUACUAUCAAAGUUCUUUCAAAUUCCCCACCCCCAAAAAGCAACAUUUUUCGGAAAAGGAAUAUAAAGAUUUACUUAGACUGCCAAAACUGCCCAUAAAUACCCCCCAAUCCUCUCAAAAGGUUAAGAAUUAAAAUAUAGUAUGCUUUUUCAUAGAUGUAGAGCUGAAAAGUACCUCAGAAGUUAUCUUGUUCAAACCUUUCCUUUCUUGGAUAAGGAAGCAAGUACAGAGAAACUGAAUAAUUUGUAAUCAAUAGUAAUAAGUAACAGUAGAAUUUCAUACCUAAGUCCUCUGCCUCCAACCCAUCUGUCCACUGCAUGAGUUUUCCUUCUUUAAAAUCUAGUUCUAAUCUACCUUUCUUGAUUUAUUUCCCAUUAAUCUCCUUCCAUAAACUGCCUUUCAUUCACUCUAGAUUACUAGUUAUUCCUGAACUCACCAUUCAGUCAUUCACUAUAUUUACACAAACCUGGAGUCCAUUGUUUCCUUUUCUCUGUAUCCCAGAAUUCUUUUAAUUGUUCAAGGUUCACUUUAGUGUCCCCUACUUCAAGCCUUCCCUUAUUCUCCCAGUUUGUUUAAGCUCAAUGACCAAGAUUUUUUUUCCCCUUUGUAUGCCCCUUAUACAAAGCAGUCACUUCAAUGUUUCUUUGGACACAAAUUAUAUGACUGAAAAUGACCUAAAAAGUAUUACCAAAGAUCAAAAAUCUUGGGCAAUAAGCUGAAGACCAUAGGGACACAAGUUGUAUUUUUUCGCAUUGUUGAAAACAAAAAACACAGAGAACUAGUUUAGGAAAUGACCACAUGGUUAAGAAAUUGGUGACUGAAAAAGGACUUGAACUUUGGGGUCAUAAAAGAAUGAUAGAUUCAUACCCAUGAAUUGAGUACACUUUUUAAAAUUGUUUUUUCUAGGUGUCUUGCAUCUCUGACUCAAAAAGAUGGGGGGAAAAUGAAAAAAUGCCUAUUUGCAUUUGUAUAUAAAUAGAAAGCGGAAAAAAAGAAAUAUGUGUGUGUGUGUGUGUGUGUGUGUGUAUCUGCAUCAACAUUAUACACUUCAACAACAAUACUGUAUGAGGAUGUAUUCUGAUGGAAGUGGAUUUCUUUGACAAAGAGACCUAAUUCCGUUUCAAUUGAUCAAUGAUGGACAGAAGCAGCUACACCCAAAGAAAGAACACUGGGAAAUGAAUGUAAACUAUUUGCAUUUUUGUUUUUCUUCCCGGGUUAUUUUUACCUUCUGAAUCCAAUUCUCCCUGUGCAACAAGAAAACUGUUCAGUUCUGCAAAUAUAUAUUGUAUCUAGGAUAUACCGCAACAUAUUUAACAUAUAUAGGACUACUUGCCAUUUAGGGGGAGAGGGUGGAGGGAGGAAGGGGAAAAAUCAGAACAGAAGCGGGUGCAAGGGAUAAUGUAAAAAAAUUACCCUGGCAUGCGUUCUAUCAAUAAAAAGUUAUUAUAAAAUAGAAUUUAUAUAUAUAUGCAUCAAGCUAGAUACCAUGGAGAACUGGUCUCUAAAUUUUUUUGAUCAAGUAAUCCAUUAUCAGUGGGUACUUGUACUCCAAAAAAGUUUGUUUAUAUAUUAAAUAUUAUUUAUAUUUUAAUAGGAGCAAUGUUAUGAAAUGUCUUUUUAAAAAUUCUUAAUGAAGCAAUUUAAAGAUCUGGUUCUAAGUUCAAGUUAGCUCAGUUUUUAUUUAUUGAGUUCAGGUUAUCUCAGUUUUCAUUUUAUUUGUUAAAACUUGGUUUUAAUAGCUGUCGUAGCUAAAACCAUACCUCACAAAGAUAGGUAGACUCUAAUAGAAGCUGUUGGCCUCAAUAAAUGAUAUUCACUUUUUAGUUCUAUCCAUCAGUUAAUGCCAAGAUUGUGAAAAAUAAUGCAUUUAGUUUCCCUCUUUCCUGAUGUUAGUCAGUUCUUAAAAACCUUUGUAAGGAAUUCAAAACCCACUGAAACUCUUUGGAAGAUUUUUAAACAGGUUAUUAGAAAAUUCUGUUUUCAACUUUUUUUAACAUAUGCAAUUAAGUUUUUGUGGUGACAUUUUUGGCUGCAAAAUCACAUAAAUAUAAAAACAUUUAUUUUCAAAAAGUUUUCUCUAUACUACAACUUUCCUUUAAAAAGUACUUACUUUCUUUUUUUUUUUUUUUUUUUAAUAUUAAGAGAGACAGAUUAGGUGUGCCUUUUUAAAAAAUAUAUCUGCCAGGUAGGUAAUAUACUACUGACAGCUACUUGUCAUCACAGAAAAAGUCAGAAAAUUUGAAACAUUUGUCUUUUUAUAAAAGAUAAAUUCAUAGCUUAUCUGACAAUUCAAGUACUUUGCCACAAAAUAGUAAAUCUCUAAAGUACACAAGAUUUCCAUAGUCAUUCCCCAUCUCAUUAUAAAGUAUUGCAAAGAUUCUAAUAUUAAAGAUCUAGUUUUCAUUAAAUUGUAUUGUUGGCUAGUAAUUUUGCAAUUGUCUCUAACUCUUUAUGACCCAUUAUAGGGUUUUUCUAGCAAAAAUAGUGUCAUGAUUUUCCAUUUCCAGCUCCCUUUAUAGAUGAGGAAACUGGGACAAACAGGGUGAAGUGACUUGCCCAGGAUCACACAGCUAAAAAGGAUCUUGAGUCUAGAUUGAACUCAGGAAGAAGAGUAAUGGGGUGAAUUAAUUUUACAUAUGUUAUUUAUAUGUGUAAUGUGUUAUUACAUAUUAUUUACAUAUGGAAUCCUUUCUUCAUUUCAGUCAAAGCAAUUGCUCACUAUAUACACCUAAUUUUCCCCAUAAAACAUAAUUUUGAUUAAAGAAAACAUUUACUGUUAAAAUAUAUAUAUAUAUAUCUUCUGGUACAUCUGAACUUUAGGAGUUUACAAACAUGGAUUCCAUUAUUGAAAUGGAUUCUAGCAAACACAAUAAAAUGAGACACAUUGGAAAUAUCAGUACUAAUGUCAGAUUGUAUAAAAAACAUUCUUCAUUGAACAAUUUGUACUAAUAAAUUAUUGCUUCCAAGUUUUAGAAGUGUUUGUGGAUAUCUUCCAAUAAUAUUUAUUGACAAAAAAUGUAUUUGAAUUUGUUAUUAUAUUGUUUUCCAUGUAUUACUUCAGCCAUUUUUGCCAUGUUAGGAAGAUAUGUUUCUCCAUUUUUAUAUGGCCCUUUGUAUUUCACUAUUAAAUAAGAAAAUAGAAAAAAAAAAAAGGCAACUAGAUUGUUCAGUGGAUAGAACACUACUAGUCCUAGAAUUAAGAAGACAAGUUCAAAUUUGGUCUCAGAUACUUAAUACCUAUGUGAUCAAGCAAAUCACUUUUGUAUUUGCCUUGAUCUACUAAAGAAAAAAAUGGCAAAACAUUGCAACAUCUUUGUCCAAAAAAACCCAAAAACAAACAAAUUGAGUAAGAAACCACAAAACCAUUGAGUUAACCAAAUUUCUUUAAAGUAUUGAACUGAGUAUCAUAUGCCUUUAAACACUUCUGCCCCGCCCCCCCCUCAAAAAAAAAAAAAAAAAAGAAAGCUAGAGCUUAGUCUUUGAGCUCAAAAUGCUUAGUUUUUAAAUUACUUGCUAAUUGUGAUGGCUUCAUAUUAUCAUUGAUUAAUAUUUUGAGUCAAAUGCUUGAAUGUAUUUACUGGCUAAUAAUAAUGGCUACAAAUCCACAUGUCAAAUAAUCUUUAUAAAUCUGAAUCUUUUGGAUUAUUAUGUUGAUGACUUGUCAGAUGUCAUCAGGUCAUCAUUGUUCCUGCAAAACAUCUGAUAAAAAGCUCCUACCAGGAAGAGGAAAAAAUAGCCCUGGCUAUUUUCUUACGUUUCUUUGUAUUGACAAUUUUAGUAUUACUAAUCAGAAUUUCUUUUCAGAGGUACUUUUAAUCCAUUUGUCCAUUUUGGAGGGUUCAUUUAUUUAAAACUAAAUGAUACAGUCCUCCAUAUUCACUUUACCAGGUAUUCAUAAACUGCAAUAUAUCUCAAUAUGCUAAAAGCAAACAAAGAAAUGAGAAUGUCACUACUAAACCUCACUAAAAAGGAAGAACUGAUUACUGGAAUGAAAAUAUAAACUUUAAAAAUGAAACCGUAGAAGAAAAGUGGGUAUUCAUUCCCAGAUCCUGUAAGAGAAAAAAAAGAAAACUAGCAGUAUCCAAUAUAUACUUUAGAUUAUGAGAAAUCAGAUUUCAAAGGACUCAGAGAAAUAAAGAAACUCCCUUAGAGUACAAUUCUACAGAAGUCAGCCCAAUAAGAAUUAGAGACUCUCCAGAAUGAAAUUCUGUAUGCAUAAAGAGAAAUAGUUCUAAUUGGGGGAGUAAAGGAAUGUUUGGCAAGAAUAGGAGCAAUCUGAAGAGACAAAUGUGUGAUUUUUUUUAAGAGAAUAGAGAAAUACAGGAUAGUUUUUGAAACUGACUUAAUUUAAUGAUUUUUAAAAGCAGUAUGUAAUGAGAUUUGCAGUUUCCCAUGCAAUACUUUGUCUUUUCUAUUUGGAAAUAUUCAUGUUGUGUAUCAAAUUCAAAAUAACAACAAAUGAAGAAAUCUUUAAAAGAUAAUGAUGUCAGUGGCUACAGAAUCUCACCAACCAACUUAAAUUUAAAAUAGACAGUUAUUACGGAUGAAAACAAGGGCAGGUAACAGGAUGAGUAAGAGACCAUAGUCUGAGACUGUUAGGAAUGCUAACAUGCUUACAAUGAACUGAAUUUUAUUCAUGUCAAAGGAAGCUAAGGAAGACAAAGGGUUUAAAAAAUAAUAUAUUUCAAUGUAAUACUAAAUUUUUUCAUUUCUUAAAAAAUUCUGAACAUCCACAUAAAAUUAAUAUUUCCACAUGCAAAAUUGAAUAAAAAUGAAUUAUAUAUGAAAUUGUGGAUAUUAUAUGCAGUUUGCUUUUCCUUUUAAAUUAUAUUAAAUUUGACAUGAAAAUUUCAAAGCUCUUAUUUAUAUUUUCCUUCUGACCUUUUUACUACACAUUUUUAAAAAUGCUUCAAUAAUCUUUUUUUUUUUUUAUGGGAAAGUGAAAUUCUAUUGCUAUUGCUCUCCAACUUUCACCCCAUCCCAUAGGAACCAAAAAAAAGACAAGAAAAAAACCAAACUUAAACAAAAUAAAAUAGAAAAACCAAAAACUUUAGAAUACACAAUGUCAAGUAAAACAAAUAUCAAAUUCUAUCUGAAAAUGUAUGUCCCAGUCUAUACCUUAAGUAUAUUACCACUUUGCCAGAUGGGUAGCAAGCCUAUGGAAUCUAGGUUGGUCAUUGUGUUGAUCAAUUCUUAUCUCUUCUGAGGCUGUUUUUUCUUACAGUUUUAUUACUAUAUUAAUGUUAAGAAAAAUAUCUUCUCCAAUACCUCUGUCCUUUAGAAGCUCACAAACAUGGAUUACAUUAUUGAAACAGAUUGUAGCUGAGACAUAUUAGAAACAUCUACAACAUUUGUAUCAAAUUGUAUAGAAAACUUUUAUGCAAAAUUUAAUUCUCCCAGUUCCACUCACUUUUUUCAUCGUUUCAUAAAAACUUUCUCACCUUUCUCUGAAAUUGUUCUUUUCUUUUAUUUCUUCUAGUACAACAAUAUUAAAUUAUGUUCAUACAUCUUCAUUUGUUUAGUCAUUUCCCAAGCGAUAUGUCAUCUUUUUAGUCUCCAGUUCUCAGCAGUUACAAAAAACUGAUAUAAAUGUUUUUGUACAUAUAAGAUUUAAAAAGUAGUUGUUAAAUAUUUAUUUAUUUAUUUAGCAACAGUGGAGAAAAAAGAAUAUCCGAGAAGGGAUAGGCUUGCCAAUGGGGACAGAUGAGACAAUGUUAUCUGAUGACAGAGAGAGCAAGAGACGUUUUGCCCUGCAAAUGAUUAAUAGGUUAAAUCAGGAUAAAUAAGGUACUAGUUGGGGAGCACUGCUGAUGAAAUCCCACUGGACCAGAUCACGAAAUUCUUAAAUUGACAGAUGAGACUACAAAACCUCCACUCUUGAUCCUUAAUAAGCUUUGGGACAUGGAGGAAGUGUCAUAGUACUAGAGAAAGAUAAAUGUAUUGAUUGUCCUCCCCCCCCAAAAAAAAAAAAAAAUGUGAAAAAACAAUGUGCAAACUAGAGGCCAGUAACUUUAACUUCAAUUUUUGGGAAGACUCUAGAACAGAUCACUAAAUCUAGAUCAUUAAAGAGAUGGCUAGUGAAUAUCCAGAAAAUAUUUCUAAAGAUCUUGAAUGAUUUCACAUCAAAAGUAGGUCAUACCACAGCUAUGAAGAUACGGAUAGAUAGAUAAGUAGAUGGAUAGAUAAAUGGAUGGAUGGAUGGAUAUCCAAUACUAUGUGAGAGUAGGCUGUGUAGAAAGUAGAGCAGAGGUAGGGGCACUUGCAGAGUCUCUUCUCUCCCAUCAUGGAAAGUCCAAGAAAAUAAGUUUCUCAACAUGAUCACCAGAGAAGGGGGUGGCGGGACAAAGAGGAACAAAUAAAAUCCUUCCAAAUGAGACUUCCAGCUGUUUGAAGACAGUGAUCAUACUUAUUCUCCUACCACUUCAAGCUUUUAGUGUAUUAGAAUAGCCUUAAAACACUGUACCCUCUAGUUUUGUUUCUUCCUAUCCAAAGGGCAUAAAGAUCAAUCUCUCCCACCACCCUAAGCAGACACUCCCCCUCCCCACCCCCUGCUCCAUACACACACAUCCCUUCUGUUCCUCGCUCUGCAAACCUCUUCUGUUCCCUGCAAUCCAAAGCUGGGCAGAAGAGUUUGAAGGGAAGCUCACUUUAUUCCAGUCAUGAAAGUACCCUAAAUUAUCCCACUGUGAGCACAGGGGAUAGAACACUGGAUUGGAUUCUGCCCUCGCCUUGUGAACUUACUAGAUAUGGGAUUAUGAAUAUAUCACAACAUCCCAAAGUCUCAAUAGUUUCUCCUUCUUCUUUUCUUCUUCUUGAAGGAACUGGAGUUAAGUGCCAAGGGCUGGAUUUGAACUCAGGUUCUCCAGACUCCAGAGCCAGUACUAUAUCCAUUGUUCUACUAUAUCCAUGCUCUAUCUCCCUGCCUUGGUAAACUGCAAAAUGGGGAUAAUUUUACUACCUCACUGGUUUGUUCUGAGGAAAGUGGUUUGCAAAUCUUCAAGUGUCACAUAAUGAGUUAAUAUUACAGAACAUAAGAUUUAAAAAGGAUUUAGAUAUAGAGAUUAUAACCCUUGAGAGCCUAGAUUCUCUUGCCAUCUGAGCAUCUGAACCCAAUCCCAGUCCUGAACCUCUUCAAUACCAACCAUGUGGGGGAGGGGAGGAAAGAAUCAAAUAGUACCACCUAACAUUUAUAAAGCACUUUAUGGUUUGAAAAAUACUUUAUAUAUAUAAUAUAUAAAUAUAUGUGUGUACAUAUGUAUAUGCUAUCCUCAUAAUUAGGGUAUAUAUACAUAUAUAAAGCAUCCCUCAAACUUUUUGAAGUUUUAAGCUUAAAACUUUGAGGGCAUCCCAUAUUAUUUCAUUUGAUCUUCACAAUCACCAUGUAAGGUAGGUGCUCUGAUUAUCUUCAUUUUACAGAAAAAGAAAUUGAGGUUAACAAAGUGAUUUGCCCAGGGUUCAAAUUAUUCAGUGUCUGAGGUAGGAUUCAAAUUUGUCUCCUUGACUCCCAGUCCAUCUCUCUAUUAUGUUCCUGGCUAUUGAAACCCAAAUUUGUGGGGAAGGGGGACAGAGUGAAUCAAAGAUAUCUCAGCCCUCCACAACCAUUGAGUCUCUAUCCCUCUGGACAUAGUCCUGAGUCUUAUACACAGUCUAGAGUCUCAGCCCCGUCAUCUUAAGGUGAGAAAAUCAAAAUAAUAUUUAGUUUAUUAUGGCAAAUAAAUUCUCUUCUUUAUCUUUUCUGAAUCAAUUAAUCAAUUAUUAACUGUACACGCUUCAAGCAGUAGACAAGGACAAAAGUGAAACAAUUUCUAUUCUCCAGAAGUUUGCAUCUAUGUGCAUUUAUAUGUAUGUGACCUCUAAUGUGUAAAUAAUAUAUCUCCAUUGAUGAAAUGUAAAAGCAGACCUAUUACACAAUUAACAGAUAUGGAUAUGUACAUAUGUUUAUAUGCACACACGUGCAAAUGUAUAUUUGUAUAAUGAGGAUGAUUCUAUCUCCUAUCAUUUUUGGGUAAGUACAUGUGUACAUGUUAUAAGCAUGCACAGCCUAUUUUGCUCAACUGAUACAGUCUCCUUGUGAAGGAGGCUGGGGAGGCACAGCUGCUGCAAAGGCCUGAUGACAGUUAAUGGAAAUGCCCCACUCUGAUUUAGAGCUGAUAUUUUAUAACUGGUUCUGGUCAUUUAAUCGAGUGUGGAAGAGACUGAUCAUGUAGUUAAAUUGGUGUACCUUCAAAAGGCACCGACAACUCAGCAGGAGGCUGAUCUUCCUCCUUGCCUGUAUUUCUUCCAGUAAAACGGCAAAAAUCCUGGAAAAGCCGUGAUGGGGAGAGAGAUUCAUACGAACACUGCACACACAAGGAGAUGCACCUAUCAGUGCACCCAAGUAUACAUAGACUCACAAUAUGAAUAUAACGGUAGGUGAAUUAGACUCAGACUAACCCAAGCUGUGCGAUUUCCUUUCGGUGCAGCUGGUUCUGUCCUCCAUUAAAUGAAGGAUUUGAACUAGAUCAGAUUCCCAUUCAAUUCGAGAGCCAUUUAAUUAAGUGCCCUCUCCGAAGGGAACGGCGCUAGGUGGCGGGAAUUUGGCUGAAAAAAAGGAGAGGAUGGUGGAUUGAAAAACCUCGAAGGGCAGGAGGCAUCCCCGUGUUGACGUGUAGCCUGGGCGCCAGUCUGGCAUGACUCUGCCUACGUCUGUUUGCACGAACAUCAGUCUGCGGGUGUUUUUCUGUCGGGUCGGCACGGAGCGCCUCUCUGUAAACGGGAGAACGCACCCGUGUGCUAGUCCUCCUUCAGUCCUCCCAGAGGGCGCAGUCAGUCCAGUCCUAUGCUGUGACCCCUUGAAGGUUGUCUUAGCAAAGAUCCUGGAGUGGUCUGCCAUUGCUUCUCCAGCUCAUUUUACAGACGAAGAAAUUGAAACAGAGUUAAGUGACUUGCCCAGAAUCACACAGUUAAGUAGUGUUAAAAGGCCACAUUUGAAUUCUUCAUCAUGCGGGAUCCUGCUGACUCCAUUGUGCCCCCUACAAGUUGAGAGGAGCGGGAGGAGCUUUGUACCUACACCUCCCAUCCAGCAGGGGACGCUGUGACCGACUCUACCCCAUCCUUCCCCUUCUUUCCCCAUUUUGCACUUGCCCAGACCAGGCGGAAGUGACGCUAUGAGCUUUGCAUUAUAAACCAUCCCGCGGGCUUUCGUCCUUCCUUUCACAGCUGCAGCCAUGGAGUUCGUUUUGUCUCGUCAGUGUUCUGCGUCUUGUCACGCAGGACCACCCGCGCUUCCCAGGCUCUGGAGUCACCGGCGACUUGACCCUCCAUGAAUUUUUUCACCGCGGAGGACCAGUGAGAGUUGAAUUGGGCCUUUCCCGUGGUGGCUGUCCUUCCUCUGCAGUAGCGGGAACUACUACUUUCGGGCAGUACACGUGGAUCACAGGUUUGCCUUUUUAUUCUACCGCGCUCUUCGAAUGACCCUUCAUCUACAACGGACUGGACCUUGGAACAGGACUUUAGCCUGCAUUUGUGAAAGACUACAAAACACCAAGAAAAAUGCUUGCUAAUGCUUCCAGGGACUCUUGCUUCUUCUGCAUUGUUAUUUAAAAAGGAUGAACAAGAACAGAUGUUAAGAAGCCUGGUCCUGAUGGAUCAUAUAUAUUUAAAACACUUGGUUCCUGUUAUAUCACCAUGGUGGAAAAGAAGGGAGGUUUACCUGGGUCUUAGAAGUAUCCUGUUGGGGAAACCUCAGAGGCCUUGGCUUCUAGGAAGGAAAAGUUUCUGUCUUAGCUGACCUGCUAGUUAUUCACUGCUCCUCACUUUGGACUGAGCUUCUAGGGCUAAAGGAAAGUUAGCACCUGAUUUUACCUCCCACUUCUGAGAAGUACCCGUUUCCUUAUGGCUUCUUGUACUUAUAGACUUCUGGACCUGCAUGUUCAUUGUUGUUCUUUAUUGGUCAGUCAUCUCUGCCAAUAAACAUUUAAGGCUUUAAUGACCACAAUCUCCAUCCUAAGACAAGCCUGGUAAGCUUGCAUCUGAGUUACACUGCUAUUUAUUAACAUUUGGAAAUAAACUGCUUUGGUGGCAACAGUUUUGGAAAAACUGGGCAGAGGACCUUAGUUUGACUUGUGUUUAACAGUACUAUUCGUAAAUAAAUAUUCUAUAAUGCUUA